AUGCCGCUGGCCCACGGGGCCGCCGGGCCCCCGCCGCGCCGGGCCGCCCCCCGCGCCGCCGCCGCCGCCAUGGGCGAGGGGCCCGAGCCGGGCGCCCAGGCCUCGCUGGCCGUGCUCGCCAAGGUGGAGCUGCGCGUCAGCUGUAAGCACCUCCUGGACCGCGACACCCUCAACAAGUCGGACCCCUGCGUGCUGCUGCUCAUGCAGUGCCAGGGCCAGUGGACGGAGGUGGACCGCAGCGAGGUCAUCAAGAGCAACCUGAACCCCGUCUUCGCCAAGAUCUUCACGGUGGACUACUACUUCGAGGAGGUGCAGAAGCUGCGGUUCGAGGUGUACGACAGCCACGGGCACGCCGGCGUGGGCACGCACGACGACGACUUCCUGGGGGGCAUGGAGUGCACCGUGGGGCAGAUCGUGGCGCAGAAGCGGGUGACCAAGCCGCUGUUCCUCAAGUACGGGAAGUUCGCCGGCAAAUCCACCAUCACGGUCAUCUCGGAGGAGAUCUCGGGCAACAACGGCUACGUGGAGCUCGCCUUCCGCGCCAAGAAGCUGGACGACAAGGACCUCUUCAGCAAGUCGGACCCCUUCCUGGAGAUCUACCGCAUCGACGACGACGGCAGCGAGCAGCUGGUGUACCGCACCGAGGUGGUGAAGAACAACCUGAGCCCCGUGUGGGAGCCCUUCAAGGUCUCCCUGAACUCGCUCUGCAGCUGCGAGGAGCAGAGGAAGCUGAGGUGCGUGGUGUGGGACUACGACUCGCGGGGCAAGCAUGACUUCAUCGGCGAGUUCUUCACCACCUUCGAGGAGAUGCAGAAGGCGAUGGGGGAGAACAAGGUGCAGUGGGACUGCCUGAACCCCAAGUACAAGCUCAAGAAGCGCAACUACAAGAACUCGGGCGUCGUGGUGCUGCUGGACCUCAAGAUCCACAGGGUCUACUCCUUCCUCGACUACAUCAUGGGCGGCUGCCAGAUCCACUUCACGGUCGCCAUCGACUUCACGGCCUCCAACGGGGACCCGCGCAACAGCUGCUCCCUGCACUACAUCAACCCCUACCAGCCCAACGAGUACCUCAAGGCGCUGGUGGCCGUGGGCGAGAUCUGCCAGGACUACGACAGCGAUAAGAAGUUCUCCGCCUUGGGCUUCGGCGCCAGGAUCCCCCCCAAGUACGAGGUGUCCCACGACUUCGCCAUCAACUUCAACCCCGACGACGACGAGUGCGAGGGCAUCCAGGGCGUCGUGGAGUCCUACCAGAGCUGCCUGCCCAAAAUCCAGCUCUACGGCCCCACCAACGUGGCGCCCAUCAUCUCCAAGGUGGCCCGCGUGGCGGCCGACGAGGAGCGCACCAAGGAGGCCUCGCAAUACUUCAUCCUGCUCAUCCUGACGGACGGCGUGGUGACGGACAUGGCGGACACGCGCGAGGCCAUCGUCCGUGCCUCCUACCUGCCCAUGUCCAUCAUCAUCGUGGGGGUGGGCAACGCCGACUUCACCGACAUGCAGAUCCUCGACGGCGACGACGGCGUCCUCCGCUCGCCCAAGGGCGAGCCCGUCCUCCGCGACAUCGUCCAGUUCGUCCCCUUCCGCGAGUUCAAGAACGCCUCGCCGACGGCGCUGGCGAAGUGCGUGCUGGCCGAGGUGCCCAAGCAGGUGGUGGAGUACUACAGCUACAAGGCCUUCCCGCCCCGCUGCCCCCAGGCCGAGACCCCCGACUCCAGCCUGGGCUCGCCGCAGUGAGGCCCCGCGCUGCCCGCUGCGCCCGCCCCGACCCGCCGCCCGGAGCGGGACCCAUCCGUGCGGCGAGUGCGAGCGGGCUCAGCCCCCGGGGCGGGUGCAGCUGUGUCCCCGGCGCUCGCCGAGCAGGGGGGGCAGACGACAGCGCCGUGCCAUCGCCGGCCCCCAACGUGCUCCGUUCCCUCCCCGGAGCCGGGGGACAUGGGCACAGUCCCCGGUGCCCGCAGGUGCAGGACACUUGGCUCCCGCCGCCCGGGCCAGCGGAGAGCUCUGCAUCGCCCCAUCCCCGCCGGCCGUGCACCCCGUCCCGCCCCCCCCCCCCCCGCUUCCCCGGCCCCCCGCGCUUGUCCGUCGCUGUGACGUUGUUUCGAGGCUGCAUGAUGCCCCUCCGUCAAUAAAGCCCCAUGCC